AUUUUGACAUAUUGGCCUACUUUGGCACCUUGUCUACCCGCACGUUCUCCCCAACUAACUAUCCGUUCGAGAAUUUGACUUGUACAUUUUCACACAAAACAACCAAUUCUACACCUCGGGCAACUCGAAUUGGUCCUUCUUCACCAGACCAAACAACACCAAAUACUCGGAAGAAAAUCGCAUUCGAAAAUCAAUCAUCAUGUGCAUGGGAGCUACUUGCGGAACCUGCUCAAAGAAGACAUGGCGCGGUUGCGGUAGUCACAUAUCCUCCGCCAUGGCUGGGGUUCCCGAGUCGGAGUGGUGCACAUGUGAACCCAAGGUCGAGUUCGAGGGCACCAUGUACCCGCCCGCGGCCAAGAUGUAGAUUCCUGGUGCGAGCUUGAUUGGGAGCAUUCUGGGUUCCGGGGACGCUAAGGAUGAGCUUUGAGAUUUCAUUUUCAUUUUUUUGAGGGGUUCUCUUUAGUAGUUUUCGUCUGCAAAUAUACAAAAUAAAGGGCGUGAUUUGUACAAUUCUUCGGGGAAGCUGUCCGACUCAGCGCUAUCAUGACCCUAUGUAGUUCCCGCCCAGAGAUACCAAAUAAACGGCGGGGCUGACUCCGACCUCGGCAGUAUCAGCUGUAGUCGCUA